UACGACUCCUCUUGCAAGAGACUGCACAGGAAUUGAAGAUGGGCAAGCAGAAACUUUGAUGAGUGCCUUGGUUCCUUGUAACAUGGAAUGUGAUACUGGCAUAGAAGAGGAAACGGAGGAAGCAUGCGAUGGGGAGAUUUUCCUCAAGUGCAUACUGGAAAAUCCCAAGGAAUUAUCUGACUUUGAUGAUUUAGCUGAUUUCAUUAAGUGCAAGAAGGGGAAGGAUUAUUUUUGCUGGUUAAAGGAGCGACAAAAGUACAGAAAGUGGAAAUGUGAGAAACUGGCAGUAUUAAGGUGGAAGAAAAAGAAAAAAAUUUGGAAAUUUAUGAAAGGAAAGAAAACAUAG